AUGAGUUGGAGAUGCUCAAACAAAUCAGCGGAGGAAGAUGAAGUAUCAGCCAAAGCAGUCAGAGAUGCGGAGGAAUGGUUUGUGGCCCAGAGCAUUGAGAAGGAGUGGAAAGAAUUGGACAAGAUAAUCCCACCAGUACCUGAACGUCGAUGGUUUCCGCCCAAACCAGGUUGGAAGAUGUGUAACGUUGGGUUUACUUUUGAUGGCAACAAAAAAAUUGCAGGUGGUGGGUGGGUUUUAAGAAUCGAGAGGGGGGUGGUUUUACUCCACAGCAGAAGAUCUUUUGCAGGGAUCAAAACAAAGGAUGAAGCAAGAUUUGAGGUUCUGUUGUGGGCUGCAGAAAGUAUGAAAAGCCACAGACAGACUAAGGUCAUCAUGGCUGGUGAAUUUAGUGAGCUUUUUGGAGCAGUGCAGAGGCCAGAGGCGUGGCCAUCCUUUCUAUUUCAGGGCACGGAGAUACGAAGAGAACUUUCAGGUGUGGAGGAGUUUGAGUUAUCGGUGGUUAACAGAAGUGCAAACAGAGGAGCUUUUUUCAUUGCUCAAAGCGUUACAAAUUUGGGGCUUGCUAAUUCGUAUGUGGCUGCAGGGCAUCCUCCUUGGUUAUUUGAAUUUUUUGUCAAUGAAAGUCGACUCCUCUGA